UGAUGAACUAAGCGGAUUUGGAGGGGUGGUGGUCAGAAAAGGAUUGCAUGCACAAGGGUUACCAGGCUUCGAGACCAGUCAACAAUUGUAACUGUAACGAACAGCCGGGCGGCUUCAGUUUGUCAAUCCCUUUUAUGGGGGCUGAACAAAAGAAGAAGACUGCAUUCCACCAACACUGUGUCAGCAGUCGGCUGCAACCCGGACGAACCGAUGUUACAUGCCACACACAUGUGCAUUGCAUACCUACAAAUGGCAUACUCAAGGACCUAAACGGAUUCCGGACUUCUGAGUCCGCCCUCACAGGCUGUCUUGAAGAGUAUCACAGUCAGGAUUGCUCCGGAGUCGCAGGCAAAUAUGGCAUCAGGCAGCCGGUUGCUAGUCAGCCUUGGAAGUUGCCCCGAACUCAUAUAUCGCCAUUAACGAUAAUUCGGCUCAUCAAAUCGUAACCUACGCUCGGGAGGCCGUUCAACGUCCUGCAAAGACCGACCUCGAGAAACUUACAAUUGCUGCUCCUAAGUUUAAUGAUCGUCGGCCUUAGCCAAUCAGACGAAUACGUAGGGCCUUCGAUCAUUUGAAAAUCAAUGCUACCAAGACGAUGCUGCUCUCCACAGCUCAAGGGGUGGACGAUCCAGGGUGGACGAUCCAGAGUGGACUUAGCCUGGCUGCUGAUCAACAGCACCGGUGGAUGGAGGCACCGGUGUCCAAGAGGGAAGUUGACGAAGCUGUGACCACUACUUUAUCAAGAGCGCGCGCUUUUCAUGUGAUCUGCGUCUGGCACAUCCAACUAAUAAGCAGUCAGAGA